UACGGUCGCUUGUUGACUUGUAGAUACUUUAGGAGGUUAUAACUUCGCUUUGAGACUGAAAUCGGUCGUGCUAUGACUUCUUCUUACGUUUUUGUUGAGGGAAAAGACAGCGACAAAGAGAAGGAAGAUUCGGAUUUAGAAAGUGGAAGCGAGGAUGAAGGCUUCGAAGACGCUGAUCAAGAUUUUGAUUUCGUUCUCAAGCCAUCGCGUAAACUUCGCAAUGGUGCGAAGAAAAUGCAAGAAAUGGAAUUUAGAAACGAUCGAUUUCGUCUUAAACAGGACAUAAUCCGAGUGCGUGGUAAAUUUGAUGAGCGUUUUUCUCAUCCUUGGUGGAGAGUGGAAUUCAAAUUGGACGCGUCGAAAUCUUCGACGAGCUUUAAGCACGCUACUUCACUGCCUUCGUACAGUAUUCGAACGGAUGACGAUGUGAAUAAAAGCUUGCUGUCGCAGUUCCUCACCACAGGUUGUGAAGUGAAUGAUCAACACGUCACGAUAUUGCUGGAGUUUCUUGAGAGAAAAAAUUUGAAACCCACAUUUGAGGAUCUGGUUAAAAACUUGGAGAAAUUUGCUGAAACCGACAAAGAGGGUCACGACAUUGCUGAGCAGAUUACAGCAGCGCUGGACCGUAAGCCAACUGGUAAAGCCUUCGCUGUUCCUUUGUUUACCAAGUAUGCUCAUCAGCUGUUUCCUCGUCGUGUUUGUUCAAUCUUUGAGGAAUCUUCUAAGGAAGAGCUGGAAGAGCUUAAUGAGGCCUUAAAUAAAGAACCCUGGGUUUUUGGUUAUUGGAGUGUUCUCAAACAAAGAUUUAAUCUCUCAAGCUGUGAGGUAAAGCUGAAAUCAUUUGAAGACUGCAAUCUACUUGACCAAAUGCCAAUUGCCAAGCAAGAUGCAUUGCACAUAUAUAAUGCCCUUUCACGAUUGCUUCGUAAGUAUGGCCAUACUUAUGUAGAAUUCAAGAUGCUGACAAAGGAGCUAAAUGGAGUCAGAAACUGGAAAAAAAGUCUUGACUAUUUGAGAGAAAUUGAUGUUGUAGGGACUUCUGAAGACCAUCUGGGUGACAAUCGGCAUGUCUUUUUGACACAUGUUCGUCGUUAUGAAGAAGGAAUUGCAAGAAAUGUUGUUGCAGUCAUGGAUGAAAAACCUUGGACAAGUAAUGUGGAGAUUGAUGAGAAAGUAUUUAAUGGUGAUAUAGACCAAAUUCAUGCAGCCCAACUCAUAUCAACAAAGCCAGUUGCUGUGCUCUCAGGUAGGGGUGGCUGUGGUAAGACAUUUGUUGUGUCAGAAAUCUUGAAAAAGGUACUAGAGGAAAAAAUGGAAAAUUUCCACCAAGAGAACCCUGUAAAUUCAUUUGAAACAAAUAUGGACACCUCUGAAGGGCAAGAUAAGCAUGCAAUCAUUCGGGAUUACCCUGAUGAUUAUGAAAUCACUGAAACUGAUCCAGGCAGUAAAGAAGAUGAAACUUCAUCUCAUAAUGUUGACAAGAAACUUAAAGAGGUAAAUGAAGAAGUUUUGCUAACUGCACCAACUGGCAAGGCUGCCUCCAUCCUAGGGAAAAGAAUUGGGAUUCCUGCACACACACUGCACUCAGUCAUCUUCACAUUUCUCCACUGGAAGAAUCAGGUUGGAAAUGUCAAUGAUUGGAAAUUCAGCAAAGUUCAUCUUCUAGUGUGCGAUGAAUGUAGUCUGGUGUCGGUGAGGGUGUUCUACAAGCUGAUCAGCAUUUUGCGUCAGUAUGCCCAUCUUAAACAAGUGAUUCUCUUGGGGGAUGUAAACCAACUUCCAUCCAUUGAGCCUGGGAAUUUUCUGGGUGAUAUCUUCCACACAUUGGAGAAAAAUGGCUUCUGCAUCACUCUGCAAACCAACCACCGAUCAGAUUCAGAGCUUAUUGUUCAAAAUGCUGGAAAAAUAUCAAUGCAGCAGAUGCCAUUUUUUGAUUCAGAAAGAGGUUUCUUCUCAGUUGAAUACAAUUCUAAUGUCGACGGUGAGAGUAUCACUGUCACUGAAAUUAUUAAAGACAUACUGAAAAAUGAGGCAAACCCUUUUAUCCUGCCCAAACCUGAAGACUCUCAAUUUGUUACAUUGCGACGAAAAGACUGUGACAACAUUAAUGAACUAUGUGCUCUCCAUUACAACAAACACUGCAUCAAAGACCACCGUGGGAAACUGAAAUUUGAAAUUGGAGACAAAGUUUGUGUAAGGCGUAACAUGCUGUGUCUUGAUCAGUAUGAAAACAUUGCUCAGUCUCUUCUUCUGAUGUUUACCUCUUUUCCAGGUGGCUCAGAGUGUGACACAAUUGUCUAUGUGGUGGGAAAUCCGUUUUACCAGAACUGGCAGCAUGUGUACACGGCGAUCACCCGUGGCGUGCGGCAAGUUGUAUUGGUUUACAAGCACAUUUCCUUGUCACGUGCCGUUACGUCACUUCCUGUACCGCGUAAGACUAAAUUGAAAGAAGACAUGGUGAAAGCUCUGAGAAACCGAAAUCAGCUUAAUAAGCUUGAUGGGGUGAAGACCAACGCCCAAAUUGCCCCAGAUCGUGGAGAUGGUGUCGAGAAUGCGGUUUCUCUCCUGCCCUCUGAUGACAUGAAAGAGGCCACUGUAAGGUCAGUACUAGAGGCUCACUGCGAAGAUCAACAAAGGGUAUUAGGGGAAUGUUCUUCAGGAACAUCAUCCUCCUUCAGCGCUGCAAGAUGUUCAGAGGAUUUUAGUAUCUCAAACAAAAAUCUGAAUAUCAAAAAUCACCAGAAGGAGCAAGAAGACACGAGCUAUGUCCUUGCUCCAAAUAGAGAUCUAUCAUCUCACGAAUUGGCCGAAGACCACCGUCAAGAAAUGGCUGUGAUUGCUGCAGAGGCCAGAGACUCCCAACAGAUCUCUGGUGGUUCCCCUCUGAAGGUAAAGUGUGGCUUGGAAGCCAUUUUUGAAAGUCCGGGCGGCAAAAGGAAACAUCCAGAAAACGUCAAACAGGACGGCCAGGAUAUCUUGGACUCAAAGAUCUAUCAGAGCCCGACGCAAAAAAGAAAGUACCCUGAAGGCAUCACUCCUUUAUCUCCUCCGCAAACGCCACCUUACCUUGGAAAAUUUCCAUCGUCUCUUUCAUCAUUUAGCCCCUUGAGCCAGACCUCAAGAGAAAUCAAGCAAGCCGCUGAUAAAAAGCCAGCUACCACAGGAACUACUGCAAAAUUCAACACCAAGUGCAAGGUCUGCGGAGGUCCAAUUCAUGCUGGCAAAGACCAAAUAACUCAUCUCUUCGAUGGCUCCAAAAAAACUUGGAUUCACGUUAGGUGUUCAACCAGUGAUGCGCAGUAAGCACCGACAAAAACGUCGAAAAGAAGAUGAUAUCGAGGCUUUUGAGCGAUUUAAAAAUGGUAAAUGAAAUCUGUCCCGUUGGCAAUUGAAGUAGUUAGAAGUUGCAGUUAUCAACUUUCAUUUGUUUUAAAAUGAGACAUGAGUAAGUGCAAUAUAUAGAUUUAGCCAAGCCUAAAAAGCGGAGCUCGCAUUUUUUUCCCCCGCACGUCUUAAGGGCACAACGCCUUGUCCCGGCUAGGACUGGAACCCGGGUCGUCCGACUCGGAGCUCAGUGCACUGACCACUAGACUACUGGACAAAGCCGUGGCGUUGGUGUGCCCGCGGUACAGUUGACCACGCAUGUUAAAAUUAGCAUCUCUUUCUUAAGUCCAAAUUUUUUCGGCUUGAUAGUUUAGUACUAUUUUGUAUAAUUAUGGGGCUUCGCUCUGCGAGCUCCGCUAUAAUUUUUGGAAAAAUUUACGUUGGGUUCUACUGUUGGAGUGUGUUAAGGGUAAUUGUUGUUGCUUCUAGAAAUCUCCAGACUGCUGAGUCAUGCUGACUUGCAUACCGUAGAACUUUCCAGAACAUUUCAUUAAGUCAUUUGUUAUGUAAUAAUACUAAAACAGUUCUUAUGUAAGCUUCUGGAAUGUUCGAAAACACUUUGUGAAUUUAUAUAAAGACUCACUUAUGUGGUAGUGGGAGAAGUUUUUGUUGUCGGUGCGACGAGAGAGAGUUACUGUGGAAGAUUGCUUAUUUCAAGGAACUUUGGAGUCUGCAGUGAGAUUGUGUCAGUGGUGAGCUAGGAUAUAGACUGAGCUGUGCUUAAGUAAGUUUAUUAACGAUAAGUAUUAUACUGCUUUUAGAAGUCGCUCAUUGUUAAGAACAUUACUCGCUGUUUAAUAAAGAAGGUAAUUUAGCGUUAACAACUGAGUUGAAAACGUCAAUUGGCCACCGUCAAGAGUAAAAAAGCUGAUGUUCCGAGCGUUUGCCCUUCGUCAGAGUGAUUGGAGGAAUUGUGGGUUGUGUGUGGGUUUAUAUGCAGAAAGUGGAGCUACGCUAUUGGUGAGAGUGGGAUUGUAGUGUUUUUCUGUCGGUUAG